AUGUAUAAUCAAGAAUAUGAUCCGUCGGAUAUUGAAUCACUCUCAUCAGGAACAUCAAAUACAUCAGUUAUGACAUCUCGUGCAACAACAAUACCAAAUUCAUGGAGUGCAACAACUCUACAACAAAAAUUACAACAACUAGCACAAUUUAAUAUUCAUCCGCUCGAUGAUGAUCAAUCAUCUGAUUCGACAGAUGCAACUGUACAGUUUAUUACUUCGAUGAAUAAAAGUCUUGAUACAACAAGGUCUAAUAGUAAUCAAUUAAAUGGAGUUAGUACUCAAAAUCAACAACAACAACCAUGGGUCAAUCCAUAUUGGGGUCCAAAGUUGAGUGCAAGCGUUACAGUAAAUCAACCAGAAAUAAAUCCAACGAAUAAGAAUGGCGCUCCUCAAAAUUCUUUAUCAUCUGAUCAUCUUGAUCAAAUGAUUCCUGGUUCUAUUCUAAUCAAUGAUGAAGGUGAAGUUCAUGAUUUAUCAUGGAAACAAGAUGGACAGCUUAGGCAAAGUACAUCUAGUACAUCAUUUAAUCCUGGUGGACAGUAUGUAUCAGAUGAAAGUGGUGGUGCUGGCGGUUAUCUUGCACCUACACAUAUUCAACGUCGGCCUAUAAUAACAUCACCAUCUGGACAAACGACACAUUCGGAUAAUAGCAGACCUAAUUCUUCAACUAGUGUGAAUAAUGGUGUUCGAUCGCCAUUGAAAGAAAAACAAAAUUUCCCAGGAACAACAACAAUUAAUAAUGAUAAUAACCAACCAUGGGUGAAUCCAUAUUGGCCAAAAUCAAAUCAAAAUAAUCCUGAAUAUCCACAAAAUGGUAAUCCACAACCAUCAAAUAAUUCAAAACGAAAUUCCGAAACUAAAUCACCAUUAAAUACGAAGACCACUGAAAAAUCGGCACCAUCGACUGCAACUCGUCAAAAUCCAUAUGUGAAUGGUAACGGUUCAUUGAAACAGAAGAAAGAUAAUACUGAAUUAAAUAAUUCGUUCGUAUCUCCUCGUAAAGCUCCACCAAUUCCAUCAUUUUAUGAGCGUAUUUAUCCUCCGCCAACACGAGUAUCAUCACCUGCCGUAUCGACGAAUAAAAAACAUGAAAGAAUAUAUUCUAAUGGGAAAUCUAACGUAAAUAUAAACGAUGAUAAUGAUUUGCCGUAUACAGUCGAUAAUAAUGGUGUAGUACACUAUCGAGCAACAUCUACUACACCAAAUAUUACAAAAAAGUCAGCAACAACUUCUCAAUAUCCGGUUUAUCCUUCACAUAAAUCUAAUUCACCGAAACCUAAAACGUCAUCAUUUUCACAAACAACAAAUUCUGCAAAUCCAUCUGUUUUAAAUCAUGUUACAUCGAAUACAUUUGCAAAUAUAGGAAAUCAUUAUUCAAGUUCACGUUCUAACUCUAUUACUAUUCUUACCGAAACUGAUCUAAAUAGUAUUCAUGAAGCACUUCAUUUACUUGAAACUAAUCCAAAUGCUAUACCUCUUUACGAUCCAUCUAAACAUAUGCCAACAACAAAUAUCAAUCACCACAGUCAUCCUUUAUCAUCCAUAUCUUCUCUAUUUACUUCUAAACCACAACAACAACAACAACAUAGUAAUCCUUUGUCAUCCAUUUCUCAUCUAUUUAAUUCUAAUCCACAACAGCAGCAGCAGCAACAACAACACAGUAAUCCUUUAUCAUCCAUUUCUCAUCUAUUUACUUCUAAACCACAACAGCAGCAGCAGCAACAACAACAACACAGUAAUCCUUUGUCAUCCAUGUCUCAUCUGUUUUCUUCUAAACCACAACAGCACCACCACCAACAACAACAACAAGCAGCAUUUUCACGGAAUGUACAAUACAAUUCUCAACAAGCACCAUUAUUCUCUACACCAAGUUAUCCUUCAAAUUCGAAUCAAUCUUUACAUCGUUUCAACACACUAGGAUCUGCUACCCUUAUUUGA